GCCUACUUAAAGCCGGAUUAGCGCGAGCGCAACAGUGAAACGCCGCGUGACCCCGCGCGCUCUUACCGGCGGUGACGCGCAUUAACGGACGCGCUCCUCGCGGCUUAGAAGGAACCGGACAGGAGCGCAUCAGGCAGACACGCACAUGCACGCGAUCACUGCACGACCACCGACCGGAGACACGAGCCCGUGGAGAACCGAGCAGGAGCGUGUUUGGUUCUGCGGGGUUAGGGUCAGGGUGAGUGUUCUCAGACGGUCUCGGAGAACCGUGGAGAACCGAGCAAGACCGUGUUUGGUUCUUUGGGGGUAGGGUCAGGGUGAGUGUUCUCAGACGUUCUCGGAGAACCGUGGAGAACCGAACAGGACCGUAUUUGGUUCUGAAGUGUUAGGGUCAGGGUGAGUGCUCGAAGACGGUGCCGGAUAACCGAGGAGAACCGAGUUUGGUUCUGAGCGGUCAGGGUCAGUGUUCUCAGACGGACCGAGUUUGGUUCUGAGCGGUCAGGGUCAGUGUUCUCAGACGGACCGAGUUUGGUUCUGAGCGGUCAGGGUCAGUGUUCCCAGACGGACCGUGUUUGGUUCUGAGGGGUCAGGGUCAGUGUUCUCAGACGGACCGUGUUUGGUUCUGAGCGGUCAGGGUCAGUGUUCCCGGACGGACCGUGUUUGGUUCUGAGGGGUCAGGGUCAGUGUUCUCAGACGGACCGUGUUUGGUUCUGAGCGGUCAGGGUCAGUGUUCCCAGACGGACCGUGUUUGGUUCUGAGCGGUCAGGGUCAGUGUUCUCGGACGGACCGAGUUUGGUUCUGAGCGGUCAGGGUCAGUGUUCUCGUACGGACCGAGUUUGGUUCUGAGCGGUCAGGGUCAGUGUUCUCGGACGGACCGAGUUUGGUUCUGAGCGGUCAGGGUCAGUGUUCUCGGACGGACCGAGUUUGGUUCUGAGCGGUCAGGGUCAGUGUUCUCAGACGGCCUCGGAGCAACGGAUGAGCCGUCAUGGGGGAAUGGACCAUCCUCGAGCGUCUACUGGAGGCGGCCGUUCAACAGCACUCUACUAUGAUAGGGAGGAUCCUGCUCACGGUGGUGGUGAUCUUCCGGAUCCUGAUCGUGGCCAUCGUCGGGGAGACCGUCUACGAUGACGAACAGGAGAUGUUUGUGUGCAACACCCUGCAGCCGGGCUGCAACCAGGCGUGCUACGACCAGGCCUUCCCCAUCUCCCACAUCCGGUACUGGGUCUUCCAGAUCAUCAUGGUGUGCUGCCCCAGCCUCUGCUUCAUCACCUACUCCGUCCACCAGUCGUCCAAGCAGAAGGAGCGCGGCUUCUCCGGCGUGUACCUGUCGGUGGACCGGACGGGCCGGCCAGACGACAACCUGCUGAAGAACACUCUGGUGAACGGCCUGCUGCAGAACUCAGAGAACUCGUACAAGGAGGCGGACCCGGACGCGCACAUCUUCCCCCGGCAGUGUGUGAGGACGCAGUCCAAGAUGAGGAGGCAGGAGGGCAUCUCCCGCUUCUACAUCAUCCAGGUGGUCUUCCGGAACAUGCUGGAGGUGGGCUUCCUGGUGGGCCAGUACUUCCUGUACGGGUUCAACGUGCCCCCGGUGUACGAGUGCGACCGGUACCCGUGCAUCAAGGACGUCGAGUGCUACGUCUCACGGCCCACGGAGAAGACCGUGUUCCUGGUCUUCAUGUUCGCCAUCAGCGGCGUCUGCGUGGUCUUCAACCUGGCGGAGCUCAACCACCUGGGCUGGAAGAAGAUCAAGGAGGCCGUGAGGGGCGUGCAGGCCCGGAGGAAGUCCGUCUACGAGAUCCGCAAGAAGGACCCGGCCAAGAUGAGCGGAUUUGGACACAUCCAGUCCAGUGACUCCGCCUACGUUUGACCGACUUCACCGGAGGGUUGAGCGGUCGAGACCUGGGAAGAUCUAGAACUGGACAGCUCUAGAUCCAAGUAUCUUUAGAUCUGAACAGCUCUAGAUCUGAGCAGCUUUAAGUCUGAGCAGCUCUAAGUCUGAGCAGCCCUUGAUCAGAGAAGCUCUAGCCCUGAAGAGCUCUAGAUCUGAGGAGCUUUAGAUCCAAGCAGUUCUAGAUCCAAGCAUAUUUAGAUCUGAACAGCUCUAGACCUGAGAGCUCUUUACCUGAGAGCUAUCUAUCCCAGGAGCUCUUGAUCAUAAGUGAAUAUUUCCUUCACCUACGUCCUUAUCUUGGAACUGCAGGGAAAGGAACUUACAAAGAUGGUCUUGUAAAUAAAUGUCAGUGUGGUCACUAUCUAGCGCCGAAAGUAACACCGUGGGGUUGGAGCCUAUGGCCCAGCAAUGGAACACGUCCUGAUGUAUCAUGACUGUUAGGAGCUGGGCGUCGGACGGCGUCCAGGCAGUUGGUAUCUGGGAAACGACAGCUGAUCGUCGUCAAAGGCGUCACCCAAGAGCACCAAAAAUAACAUUCUAACUUCUACUAUUCGUCUUUGAGAUCGUGUUUUAGCACCUGUGAAACAUUCUCUUAUUAUCUUGUUAUUUUAUUCAUAUGAACUUGUCUUUGGUCACUCCAUGAUGGGGGAUGCCGUAUAAAGGGAAGAAGUAUAAAGUGCUUAUUUAAAUGAGGACGUUCACGUCCGAUGUUAAAUCGUAGUUCAUUGUGUCUAUUUUAAUCUUGUUCUCGGUUGUCCAUCUUGACUUUGCACUAAGAGGCCAAACACAAACAUGGAGGAAACAUUCCAAGGGACAGGAGGAUGUGGUGGCUGCCAGGCGCUAAACCACGCCGUCACCUCUCAUCUCCCCACUGAUUGGCUGCAUAAGAGUUAACCUCCGACCUUAACCAGGGCUGCAGUGAGCACUGAGUGUCUUGGUCAAGCCAUGGCACCAUGUUGACUGUGCGUGACGUUUUGUACAAUAGUACCACGCCACUUAUUUCAAAGUGUGUGUUUGAUACAUGUAUACAUAAUACGUAUCACACACACGUUGAAACACCGAGGUUUAAACGUCUGUGUUCCCCGAUCUACUGAAUUACUGUGUCUUAUAUGAAAUACUGUGUUUAUUUAUCAUGCGGUGCUGCCAUCUUGUAUUUCCAAUGAAGCUGUCCGCAAU